UUCAUAUCUCUGCCGUUUAGAAAAGAGACCUUUGAUUGUAUUAUAUUUUUUAAGCGGGUGAAGUAAUUUUUCCUACACUAGUGAGGAAAUAACUGCAGUUGCACAUUAGUGUUAAGGAGAAGGACCAUGGGGAGACUUGGGUAUCUUGUCAGUGUAAUAACGGUCGGAUUUAUCAUCAAAGGUGUCGUCACACAAGACAAAAGAACUAAAGCAUCCGUAAAGGUAGAAAGCCGUGGCCGUGACGUGGUCCUGAAGUGCGAGGGAUUUUCAGGCACCCCCUCUGACAUAACCUGGAAGAGAGAUGGAAUUACUGUAGCGAACAACAGCACAGAGUUGAACUUGGGCGCAGAAGCGGACGACCCAAGAGGAGUUUAUAUGUGCAAUGAUGGCAGUGCUGUACAGGUGUAUUUCCGAAUGUGCCAAAACUGCAUCGAGCUGGAUGCAGCCACCAUCUCGGGGAUCGUGGUAGCUGAUGUCAUCGCCACGGUCUUCCUGGCAAUCGCCGUGUACUGCAUCACCGGCCAAGACAGUGGCCGUCGCUUACGAGCUUCUGACCGGCAGAACCUGAUCGCCAAUGAGCAGCUCUACCAGCCCCUUGGUGAGCGGGACAAUGAGCAGUACAGCCGCCUAGGAGUCACCAGGACCCGCAAAUGAGAGCGGAGAGCACCUGGGGUCUAAUCAACUGUGACCCUUGGCCCUUCAUCCUCUCUCUUUUCCACAUGGGAACCAACAAUAUUGGGGAAUCCUGCUGCCUUUGAAGCAGCCCUCAAAGCCUUCACUCUGCAGCUCGGUGGCCAGAAACCAUGGUGAUGGACAUCUCACUAAUGUGUCUAAGAAAUCGAUGAUCUCUGCUCGCACG